CUCUACAAAUAUAAAAAUAAAUACAGGAAAUAAAAUUGAAAAGCGUUAAUGUACACCACCUGGCCUCUGAGAAAUUUUAACCUGUAGAACAUGUCAUGUAGAGCCUCUAAGCAUACUAACCCCCAUCAAUUAGUAUUUUAUAAUUGAGAUGGACAACUAGAGAUUAAGAUCUAAUAAAACUGAGGCAACUUAUGCCCUGAAGCAACACGAAAAUUAUUAUGUAUUUUUAUGGGAAAUUGAUCAGACAUAUUUCCUAGAGAAUACUGCUACAUUUGCUAGGAAACUGAUGCAUUUGCUACGACCAAAUUUCGCUUGUUUUAACCAAAUUAUCUCUGGUCAAAUAGUUUAAUAUUAGGUAACCAAUCAAAAUCGGUUAGUUUCACAAAUAUUUUUACAGCGAAUAAAAUAAACGAGUUUUUCAGCGCGAAAAAUUUUUUGUGCCUCGCCGUGAUGACGUAACGCUUUGUUGCAAUCACAAAGACAUCGAAAACGCAAUACUUGCUAAUCUAGCAGCGAAUAUAUAUUCUCAUUGAAUCAGUUGUAUUAAUUCAUACAAUUAAAUAUUGCCUUCUUUCCCGACAAUUUACACGCUUAAUAAUUCAUUGUGCCACCUGCAAAAACCUUCUAACUUAAUAACAUGCGACGAUUCGGCCAGACUUGUCCGUAUAAAAACUAGGAGCUUCGCUGCUGUGUCCAUGGCAAGCUAAUUUAUACCUCACGCUACUCGUUUUGCGAUUGUCUGCGCGAAAAUGGACAGCGAUGAGUUGAAAUUAAGCAAGCGUUCGAAAAAGAAGCGGAAAUCUCUGCCGGGAGAAUCUGGUCAAUUGCCUAGAAGAAGACGUCGUCGAAAUAGCUUACAGCUUCCUAAAGGUGUCAGGGUGUUGCUUUCACCACGAAAUCCAUAUGAGGAAUUUCACAAGCUUUUUACCGAUAUACCCAAGGAAGAAUUCCCAAUCAAUGAUUAUUCUUGUGCCCUGAGUCGUGAAAUCUUACUUCAUGGUCGCUUGUUUCUCUCCCAAAACUGGCUGUGUUUUUAUUCAAAUAUAUUUGGUUGGGAAACCGUGGUCAAGCUUGAAUUGCGAAAAGUAAAGUCGAUCGCCCGAGCAAGGACUGCGUAUAUGUUUCCAAAUGCAAUCCUCAUUCGUACAGAGAAGAAAAAGUACUUAUUCUGUUCCUUUCUGAUGCGUGACGCAGCUCAUAAGUUACUCUCCACAAUCUGGCAAGAGUCGACCAACACUAAACCAGACUCGGGAGUUGAAGAAGUGUCAGCGAACGGGGAUCAAGAUGAGGAAGAAUCAGAAGCAUUGGAAGAAAUUGCUGAGUAUGAUGAUACCGAAAUACCAGUUAUAACUCAAGAGAUGACAACGCCUACAACAGAUCCAGCGCUAUGGAACCUGAAGAAACAUCAUCGCACAGUAUCAUGCCCUAAUACUCCACUAUCACGACACUCCAGCGUGGACGAGAGUCCUGAAAUAACCACACACCGUUCACAUUAUAAAGAUCAUCAAACUCGCAGAAGAUCUUUGUCUUUGAGUUAUUUGGGAAAAUGCAUUGGCAAGAUUGCAGCAACGUCCUGGGCUCUCAUUCAUUACUUGUAUAACUGCUUUCCAUCAUUUGAAUGGCUCAAAAGAAAUAGAUUGAACGCAGACGUACUUUUAUUAUUUUCAUCAAUUUUUUUAAUUUUCUUAUUCAUAUCAACUUACGUUCUAAUGAACCGUAUUUCAAAGCUAGAAGAUAGAUUUUACCAACCAGUGCCCACAUCCAACCAAUAUUUGAUCUCUGACAAAAAAUCUGAUGAAAAUUGGAGCGAGUUAUUGAAAGAACAGGAAACGUUGUUACGUCAAAAAACAGAAAGAUUCAGUGAAGCAUUGAGUGGACUUAUUUUAUCAGUUGAAAACGUUCAAUCAAAGUUAAAAGUGAUCAAAGAUGAAUUCAGCAGCCCAACAGAAGUUCAUUAAUUUAUUUAUUGAUCAACUUCAAUAAUCAACAAUUGAUUAUAGUAUAAUUACUAUAAUUGAUUAUAAAUUGAAACUUUAGAGUGUGUGUUUGUUAAUAGUAGCAAUAAUCAUUUCUAAUUGCUUUAGGAAUUUUAUAAAUAGGUAUUCAAUGUAAAUAGUGUUCUUAGGUAUAUAAAUAUGUUCAUAAUAUUUAUCACAGCAGGACUGUAAAAACUAUUUAAUAAAACAAGAAUUUUGUGUGUCAUUCCUGCUUCCUGCUGCGUAAAAUGGAUCACCAUCCAAACACAAGAACAUUUGCUAUCAUCAAAUCUAAAUUUUGGCAAGCACAACCAUUGUUUUGUUUAAAUGCAAUUAGCAGCUUAG